UUGGCUGGAGAUGAUGUCGAGGCUUUUCGCAUGCUGUCCCAAAACGGAUUAGCGCUGGGCGGUGGUUUGAACUUCCAACUUCGACUUUCGUCCGUUUUGGUCCGAUGGUCACCGACGACGACUUCUCUCUCUCUCCUCUCACGCUCCAUCUCUCCCUCCCCACAUCGCGCUUUACGUCGCUGAUUUUCGUCGUAUCUCUUCAAAAUGGGUGGCCAUCUCGAUCCUAAGAAUGGAGUCUUCCUGGGCUGGUGGGGUGAUCUGGGAUGCCCUACUCCCCAGCGUGUCACCUCCUACUCCAUGUCCCCUAACCGCCAGCGCCCUCUUGCCGGUGCCGGUCACGCUGCCAUCUUCAACGUUUUCCGCAGAUUCAGACACCAGGUCCUCUACGUCGCUCCUCCCUUCAUUGCCGCCUACGCCAUCAUGAACUGGGCUGUUGAGAGGAACGAGUACCUCAACUCCAAGCCUGGCCGCCUCCUUGAGGGUGGUGACGAGUAAAUGUAACGUGCCAGCUGGGAAAACCUUGAGAGAAUAGGGAUGGCAUGGGGCAAUAUGGAAGGGCUGGAUGUGUGAUUGCACUGUACAGUAACUAGAAGCAAUCGAAUGUGUUGCA